UAACUUCAGAUAUAAUGAAGAUACCAAAUCUGAAUUUAAUGAAAAUGAUGAAAUUGAAUCUAUUGAAAAUAAUGAUGAGGCUGAAUCUAGUGAUGAGAAUAAAACAGUAUCAAAUAAAGAAAAUGAAGAAAUAUUUGAAACAAAAACUUGUAAAAUGCUUGAACAAUCUUAUACUACCAAGAAAGAUAUUCUAAAUUUUGUUCAGAAAAUAGUUCAGAUUUCAGGAUUUGCUACUAAAGAUAUAAGAAUUUUUUAUGAACAUCAUCAAUUACUACAAGAAGCAAAGCAUAUAGCUGUGCAAAUGCUAAAAGCUAGUGCAAAACCUAGUACAAUUUAUGAAGCUAUUAGAGAUGAGAAUAGAGAGCCAACU